CUCUAAUUAUAAAUACCCGUCAUUUCACGUCACAUUUUAAGGCACUGGAAACUCGAAACAAGAAAAAAAAAAUGGUUUCUAUUGAGUCAUUACCGGAGCUGAUUCCGGGGUUACCCGAGGAAAUCGGACUCGAAUGCUUGACUCGGUUUCAUUAUUCAACUCACCCAAUUGCAGCUGGAGCUUGCCGACGAUGGCAAGAGCUUCUCCAAAGCAGAGAGUUUUACUAUCACAGAAAGCAAACCGGAUAUACCCAGAAAGCGGCUUGCUUGGUUCAACUACUGAAUAGUGGCACCGAUGCUGAUGGGUACAAACUGGUUGGUCCACCCAGGUAUGGGAUCACCGUGUUUGACCCGGCGAGUGGAAUCUGGGAUCGGAUUGACCGGGUUCCUAAAUACCGUGAUGGGCUUCCUUUGUUUUGUCAGAUAACAAGUUCUGAAGGAAAGCUUGUGCUGAUGGGCGGAUGGGACCCGACAAGUUAUGACCCAGUGAGGGACGUGUUCGUAUACGAGUUCACAACUCAGAGGUGGAGAGAAGGGAAGCAGAUGCCAGAAACUCGAUCGUUCUUCGCGACUGGUGCGUUGGAUGGACGCGUCAUCGUAGCCGGUGGUCAUGAUGAGAACAAGAACGCUUUAAGUACAGCGUGGGAAUAUGAUGUACGUCGGGAUGAGUGGACUGAGUUAUCUAGGAUGAGUCAGGAGCGAGAUGAGUGUCAAGGGAUGGUUAUCGGGUCGGAAUUCUGGGUGGUGAGUGGAUAUAAAACGGAUAAUCAAGGAGGAUUUGAGGGGAGCGCUGAGUUGUUGGAUUUGGAAACAGGUGAAUGGAGUCGAGUUGAGGAGGCUUGGAGGGCGAGUCAAUGUCCCAGGUCUUGUGUGGGGGUAGGGAAAGACAAGAAACUCUUCUGCUGGGCCGACCGUGAUUCGGCGAUACGAGUCGGAGCAUGUGCGGUCCCCUUGGGAGGAUGGACAUUUGUGUCUGGAUCAGCUUACCAGGGUGGUCCACAAGGGUUCUUCUUGGUGGAUGAACAGAGUGGAAAAUUUACUAGUAUAGAUGUUCCAGUCGAGUUUUCUGGGUUUGUUCAAUCUGGUUGUUGGGUGGAUAUCUAAAUCUAAAGGGUAAGUUAAUACCAUCCCUGUUUCCCUAGUUUAGUCAAAUUGGGAAUUUAGGACAGACAGGAAUUCCAUUGAGAAUGCGGAGCUUCCAUGUUUGGUACCUCGUAAGACAGGUGAGCCAAAGCUUACAGUCCCAUGGUGAUGUAGGAUUAACAUUAGUUUUCAUCACUGCACCGACCUAUGUUUUGACAAUGUAUCCAUUAAAUCUAGCAGCAUGAAGAUGAUUAUAUGAAUAUCUGUAUAGUAGAUUUUGUAAUAUAAUGUACAUUACCCAUA